AUGAUCCCCACCGGGCGCAAAGACGUAGAGGGCAAAGUCAUCUCGACGCGCACUGACACGGCGAAGAACGCCUACGUAGUCGAGUAUACCAUCACUUCUGGCGGAAUCCCGCGCCAUUUGCUCACCGUAUUUUCGCUCCAACCGGGCCGAUAUCUGAUCUCCCUCACCGGGCAGUCGCUGGAAGACAACUGGCGCACCCGGGAACCGGUCAUCAAGGCCGUUGCAGACUCGUAUAAACUGAAAGUGCUGGAUUGA